CCCCCCCAGCUCUUCCAACAGCAUGCCUUUCCCCCACCUCCCUUCCAACAGCAUGCCUUUCCCCCACCUCUCUUCCAACAGCAUGCCUUUCCCCCACCUCUCUUCCAACAGCAUGCCUUUCCCCUAGUCUCUGAAAAGAACACGAACCUAGAAGAGAAGGAGAAGUUUGAACAUGCCGGCUGAAACCAUUCCUCCUCUUCACAGCUACUGCGGAACUUCCGGGUUACAACCGGAUAUCCUUUAAAAUGGCUAGGAGUGAAAAUGAGCCAUUUUGUGUGAAAUUUAUCAAGUCUCCUGAAAAUUCUGAAUACUUCUUUAAAGCUUAUGAGGCAAUCAAGCAGAUUCAGUCUGAUGAAUCUCUUCAGCUAACUGAAGAAAGUGAGGCACUUCUCUUGAAAGAAAAAGACAAAUCUCUCUACAUUUGUGAUCCUUUUAGUGGUGCUGUCUUUAACCAUCUGAAAAAGCUUGGCUGUAGGAUAGUUGGGCCACAAGUUGUCAUUUUUUGUAUGGAGCAUCAAAGACGUGUCCCUCGUGCUGAAUAUCCUGUCUAUAAUAUGGCAAUGGCUGAUGUGACAAUUUCCUGUACCAGUCUCGAUAAAGAAACUAGGGAAGAUGUGCAUAAUUAUGUACAACUCAUGGGAGGCUGUGUAUACAGGGAUCUUAAUGUUUCUGUUACACACCUAAUUGCUGGUGAAGUGGGCAGUAAAAAAUACCUGGUGGCUGCAAGCCUAGAGAAGCCCAUUCUUCUUCCGUCUUGGGUGAAAGCAUUAUGGGAUCAAUCAAAUCAGCAGAUUAUUCGAUACUGUGAUGUAAACAUGAAAGAAUAUUUGUGCCCAAUAUUUCGUGGUUGCACUAUCUGUGUCACAGGAUUAAACAGUUUAGACAGAAAGGAGGUGCAACGUCUUACAACCCUCCAUGGAGGAGAGUACACAGGGCAACUCAAAAUGAAUGAAUCUACACACCUUAUUGUACAAGAGGCUAAAGGCCAGAAAUAUGAGUGUGCCAGAAAGUGGAAUGUACACUGUGUCUCCGUUCAAUGGUUCUUCGACAGUCUGGACAAAGGAUUCUGUCAGGAUGAAACAAUGUAUAAAAUUGAGCCUGCUACUAGUUUAAAAUCUGUGCCAGAUACAUCCACUCCUACAGGUGACAAUAAGAAACCAGAUAGUCGGGCCAUUUAUGAUGUCAGCCAAAUUUCAAAUAUAAGUACAAGCUGCGUUAACGAAUCGGCUUUUAAUUCUGUGAUGACCAGCAGACUGGAUCCUCCAGCAGAUGCCCUUGAGAACUUGGAUAUCAGUUCAUUACAAGCUCCAGAAGACCUUCUUGAUGGCUGCCGAAUAUAUUUGUGCGGGUUUGGGGGAAGAAAGUUGGACAAGUUGAGAAGGCUAAUCAACAGUGGUGGGGGUGUGCGAUUUAGUCAGCUUACCGCAGAUGUAACCCAUAUUAUUGUUGGAGAAACUGAUGAAGAACUAAAGCAGUUUUUGAGCAAAACUCAACACAGGCCUUAUGUGUUAACUGUAAAAUGGCUACUGGAAAGCUUUUCAAAAGGACAUCUGCAACCUGAGAACAUAUAUUCCCAUUCAAGCUAUCAACAAACUGAGCUUUCUUCACCAGUUCAGCCUGCCUUUAAUUUAACUGCUCAAAAGAUCAGUAGUACACGAGGGCCUCUAAACCACACUCACAACCAACAGGCAGAUGAGGACCUGCUGUCUCAGUACACAGAAAAUAACUCCACUUUAAUUGAGGACGAACAUCCUAAAAUCUCUAAUACCAACAGUAUUUCUCAAAUGAGCAUGCAUGAAGAUAUGACAUCUUGUACCAGCCAAAGUGGUUUGGCGGAUACAUCCACCAUAAUUGAAGGAGGCUUAUUCAGCCGUAAACAAUUCUUGGUGCUGGGCUUUUUGGAGGAAGAUGAGGCAUGCAUCAUAGACAUAAUAAAAAAGAAUGCUGGCAAGGUGCUUUCAUCUCAGAAAAGAGCCAUUGCUGAUUAUGCUGUAGUUCCCUUACUGGGUUGUGAGGUGGAAUCUACAGUUGGAGAGGUUGUGACCAAUGCUUGGCUGGGCAUGUGUAUAGAACAAGAGAAGCUCCUAGACCCACAUUCAAAUGCACUUUUUACACCUGUGCCAUGUUUGGAAGGUAGUCGACCGCUGCAAGAGUGCGUGCUUUCUGUCAGCCAGUUUAUGGGCGCUGAAAGGGAUUCAUUAGUUUACUUGGCCGGUUUGCUUGGAGCAAAAGUUCAAGAGUUUUUUGUGCGGAAGGCCAAUCCAAAAAAAGACAUGUUUGCCAGUACACACUUAGUUCUUAAAGAUGCUGAAGGGUCAAAAUACGAAGCAGCCAAAAAGUGGAAUUUGCCAGCAGUGACAAUGAAGUGGCUUUUGCAGUGUGCUAGAACUGGUAAAAAAGCAGAUGAACACCAUUAUCUUGUUGACAGUGUUCCUGAAGAAGAUGAGAGUUUUAUAAGUCAGACAUACAAACCACAAGUAUCCAGGCGAUCAAUGGAUGCACCAUGCCAUCAAGAAAACCAUCCACAAGCCCUAAAGAAAGCUGCAGUUACUCCACUUGACAUGAACCGGUUUCAGAGCAAAGCAUUUCAGUCUGUUAUUUCUCAGCAUAACAAGAACCCACAAACACCUGGAGGGGAAAGCAAAGUUCUUCAGAGAGAACCAUCUUUGCAUCUUGACACACCAUCAAAAUUUCUUUCCAAAGACAAACUUUUCAAACCCUCCUUUGAUGUUAAGGAUGCUCUUGCAGCUCUGGAAACACCCGGAGGUCCCAACCAAAAAAGCAGGACACAGAGCACUCCCCUGUCUGAAGUUAUUGGUAGGAAUUUGCAGCUGGCUAUUGCAAACAGCACACGUCAAACUGCUGCGGUCACUGCAAGCCCUCAGCUAAAGGCAGCAGAACAAAAAGAGCAGUUAGAGAACUCCAAGGUACUGCAUAAUGUUGUUAUAUGUGUGAGCAAGAAGCUAAUUAAAAAACAAGGUGAACUGAAUGGCAUUGCUGCUUCACUUGGAGCAGAAUACAGAUGGUGCUUCGAUGAAAGCGUGACCCAUUUUAUCUACCACGGACGACAAAACGACAUGAGUCGAGAAUACAAAUCUGUGAAAGAACGAAGUGGCAUCUGCAUAGUUUCUGAACACUGGCUAUUAGCUUGUUCAGAACAACAGAAGAGAGUACCUGAGGCUCUCUAUCCCCAUACCUACAAUCCUAAAAUGAGCUUGGAUAUCAGUGGUGUACAAGAUGGAUCUCACACAGCCAGCAAAUUCUCAGCAGACACCUCUCUUCAGCUGGAUGAGAAUUGUGAAUUAAGGCUUCAGCAGAAUGAUGAACUUGGGGAGACAUCCGAUGACCAGGUUAAAAAGGAAGCUGAUAAUAGAGAUCCUCAAAACCCUUUAAAAGAAGUGAAAGGAGCUUUAACUCAGACUUUAGAGAUGAGAGAAAAUUUCCAGCGGCAGCUACAAGAAUUAAUGUCUGCAACUUCAGUGGUAAAGCCUCAAGGGCCCCGGGGCUCCUUGACUAGAGUUGGCUUUGAUAAUUCUCCUUGUACACCUGAAGGGGCACGUUCUACACGUAAUGGAAGAAGUAGAGUUUUGGAAGCACUAAGACAGUCUCGGCAGGCUACAACAGACCUCAAUACAGAGCCAUCACAGAACGAGCAAAUAAUUUGGGAUGAUCCUACUGCCAGAGAAGAAAGAGCAAAGCUGGUCAGCAAUCUACAGUGGCCCGACAGUCCCUCCCAGUAUUCAGAACAGCUUCAGCUUAAUAUGACUGAUGCUGGUGGAAAUUAUGCAGCAGUAAAGGAAUCUUUAACAGAUACUGAAAUAGCAGAAUUGGAAGCUUGUGAAUUUGAGCAUAAAUCAGUCACUAGAGCUCCUAUGACAGAGAAUGAUUUGCAGUCUCCAAACAAACUGGAUCAACUCACUCCUACCCCACAAGCUCCAAGCAUUGCAUUUCCACUUGCCAACCCUCCAGUGGCACCACAACCUAAAGAAAAGCCUGUGAAACCAUUUUCAGAGGAGAAAACCAUAAAGGAGCGUCGCUUCCAGCUAUCAUCCUUGGACCCUCAAGAACGAAUUGAUUACUCACAGCUUAUUGAGGAAAUAGGGGGGGUGGUGAUAGAAAAACAGUGUUUUGAUCCAAGCUGCACACAUAUCAUUGUGGGGCAUCCUCUUCGGAAUGAGAAAUAUUUGGCCUCAAUGGCUGCAGGAAAGUGGGUACUACACCGGUCAUAUCUGGAAGCCUGCAGAGCUGCAAAACAAUUCAUACAGGAGGAUGACUAUGAAUGGGGAAGCAAGUCUAUACUGAGUGCUGUGACCAACAUAAAUCCCCAGCAGAGGAUGCUGGCAGAGGCUGCAAUGAGAUGGAGGAAAAAGCUGCAAGGAAUAAAGCAAAAUAUGGGCAUUGCUGAGGGUGCAUUCAGCGGCUGGAAAGUCAUUUUAAAUGUUGACCAAACAAAGGAACCUGGUUUCAAACGUUUGCUUCAGUCAGGAGGUGCAAAGGUAUUUGCUGGCCAUUCUUCUGCUCUGUUUAAAGAAGCCAACCACCUCUUUGCUGACUUCAGCAAACUGAAACCUGAUGAGCCCAAGGUGAAUGUGGCCGAGGCUGCAGCACAAGGAGUAAACUGCCUAAAGCCAGAGUAUAUUGCCGACUACCUCAUGAAGGAGCCUCCUCCACCAGUCAACAAUUACUGCCUCCCUGAUGCUCUGCCAUAUCUUCAGAUCACAGUGACUGGGCUUUCUCGCAAAAGGAAAAACUCUGGAGACAUCUCUGAUGUUAAGAGAUCACGGCUUUACUGAGAGAGUGAGAAGUAAGAGCUAAAGGCAGCAGCUUAGCAAUACCAGCUAUGUUGCACUGUUCUUUUGUAACAAAAUGGUAUAUUCUUUGUCAUGUCUGUUUAUUUAUAUGGGAAUAGAUUUUAUAUUUCAGAUAAUUUGUAGAAAUGUAUACAAAUAACAUGCAAUGUGGUUUUUUUAUACAAUGUGGCAUAUGUUGCAUGCCAUCCAUAUUCAUUGUGUACUGUUGCGGCCCAUUUAUUUGUACACCUGUAUAAAAAGCAACUCUUUCUACUUAUAUUGAUAUUGUAGUUCCCUUAUUACUCCUGACCAAGUUGCAGGGGACCAGCAAUAUUAAAUUACAUGCACAUUUGUAUGUAUAUUACUGUUUGUAUAUGUUCAACACAAUAAAUUUAAACACAAAAACUACCUCAUCCAUCUUGAAUAUGAUGUAGGAAAAUGAAAUCAUACUUUUACAUACCCGAAAUAUCAGUAACAUCUGUUAAAGAAUAUGUAAAUCUUAAAAUAUGUCAUGAAAAAUUGUUUGGUGCUUUCCUAAGAACUUUUGCAAUAUUUGUUAUUUUUGCAGAUUCAGAGCUGCUAAUAUAUGAAUUUUUUAACAACAGCGCCACUUGUUGGUCAGUUCCUGUAACUGUACAGUCAGUGAGAAAUUCAAAAGAAAAACCGAAAAGUGUUCUGAUGUUGCUCUGCUCUAGAAGGGGAAUGGGUAUAUUUAUUAACAUUGGGGAGAAACCUUACUGACUUGAUGUUGCCCAUUAUUUUAUAUCUAUGUACCAUCUGGUUUCUCUCUGAUCCAUUUGAGCAGUUUGGAGGGUACACAAUGGUUUGGUUAUAAUCUAACCUCAGUAAAUAUGAAUAUAAUCGA